CUUAUAAGACAAGCACCAAUGGAGGCUGGUGAUGGCAUUACAUAUACAACUCUUUUAACACGAGAAGAGCAGGUGGAAGUGCUGAACCGUCUGGACUUUGUGCUGAAAAACAUUAUAGAGCUACGAAAAGAAGUGGAGGAGCUGAAGAACAGCCUGCAGAGUUUAGCUGGGGAGAUCAUUGGAGAAGUCAAGUCCCACCUGGAAGAAACCCAGAAGGUAACUCGGCGGAGGCGAUACCCAUUUCCUAGAGAGAGGAGUGAUUCCACAGGGUCCAGCUCUAUUUAUUUCACAGCCAGCUCAAGAGGGGCCAAUACAGAUGAUGGUGAAAGUGAGGGAGGGUACACCACAGCCAAUGCAGAGUCUGACUAUGACCGGGAGUCAGAGAGAGAGAGUGAGGAAGGGGAAGAUGAAGUGAGCUGUGAGACAGUGAAGACUGCACGGAGGGAUUCACUGGACCUAGUCAAUGAGGAUGAAACUGUUUUGGUCUUUGACUCUACAACGGAGGAGGAAUUUGGUCAGCUGCUGCAGCAGGCUGACCAGCUGCAUAGCGGGAAUAACCAGGAGAAGAGGGAAGGAUUCCAGCUGCUGCUUAACAAUAAACUGGUGUAUGGAGACCAGCAAGAUUUCCUUUGGCGCCUGGCUCGAGCAUACAGUGAUCUGUAUGAAAUCACAGAGGAUGCAGACGAAAAGAAAUCAUAUGCUUCUGAUGGGAAAGAAGAGGCAGAGGCAGCCCUACAGAAAGGGGAUCAAAGUGCUGAGGGUCACCAGUGGUAUGCUAUUCUUUGUGGCCAGUUCUCAGAACAUGAAAGUAUUCAGAAGCGUAUUCAAGCUGGGUAUGUUUUUAAGGAACAUGUUGAUAAAGCAAUUGCCCUGAAACCAGAUGACCCCAAGUCUUACUAUCUUCUGGGCAGGUGGUGUUACCAGAUCGCUCAUCUGGGAUGGCUUGAAAGAAAGACUGCUUCUGCCUUGUAUGAAGCACCCCCUACAGCCACUGUCCAUGAUGCACUGCAGAACCUUUUAAAGGCUGAAGAGCUGAGCCCAGGAUUUUCCAAAGCAGGAAGGGUGUACAUUUCUAAGUGCUACAGAGACCUGGGGAAUAACUCUGCAGCUGUUCAGUGGAUGAAUCUGGCUUCAGAGCUGCCAGUUAUCACAAAUGAGAAGUGAAAAAGAAAUAAGAAGGAAGACUUCCUCUUACUGCUUGGAAAACCUGAAUAAAAUUUUAAAAACAAGUAUAAAGACCCGUAUCAGGUAGGAGGAGGGAUAUGAGAAAUUUGCUUUAAAAAAAAAAAAAAAAAUAGAGUUGAAUAAGAAAAUGAAACCAAGUGAGUAACCUUUAAUUUUGUAAAUGGGACUGGAUUAAACCCACUGGCCAUUGUGAUGUUUAUCAUUUCUUUCUUUGCUGUCUCAGGAUGAAAAAAUCAAGAGGGAGAUGGAGGAGAUGCAAGGAAUCUCAGAAGAAUAAGGUUUUUUUUUUUUUUUUUUUUUUUUAUAUUAAGAGCCCAGUCCUCUGAUAACUCUGGUGUGGACAGGACAAAUUACAGUCUAAAGGAUUUCACAAUCUGGACAACCUUGGAUUGGGCUUCGUGGGCAAACCACAGAUCUUACAAAGAACAAACCAAACUGCAGUUUCAACAGCACUUCCCUGAGGAGUUAAAUCUUGGCAGAGACUCACAGGACUAAACUCUAAUUCUGUUCAUCUGCCUGCCUGUUGCAUCAGAUAUAGUCUAAUGAAUCAAGCGCUUGACCUGUUUAGUGCAGCAGCCAUCAACUUGAUUGGAUUUUAGUUGUUUCCUCUAUGCCUUUGAUUUUCACAUUCAUCCACCUACACUUCCCAAGAAGUAUUUAUUGCUCAACUUCUAUCGGGCGAGGACAUAAACCUGUGAAGUUCAAGAUGUGAUGGGUUCCUGUGCUCUAAUUAAUAAAAUGUCACAGGCAUGGUUCUAGUGCGUUAUGAAGGCUGGGAAUCAACAGCCACCCUUAGCUAUGCCUAUAUUUCUUUAUAGUUAGUGACAACCAUUGCUAAUAGGCAGAGUGGAGAAUGUCAAUCUUUCCCUACUGCUGAGCUCUUUGAUUGCUCAUGGCUUUUUCAGCAAAGGUUUCUUCAGUUGAGAAUCCAGGGUGGGCCUGGCAACCCACUUUCACUUUUACUACUUAAACAAUAUUAACAUAGUCUGGAGUUACACAUUGGACACUGGCAUAGCUGAUAAAAUACAGGCCUGACAUUUGUACAGAGGCUUCAACAAGGUACAGGGUAAAGCCAUUGUGCUUGGUGUUUUAUUUUCCAUUGGUUCUAGCUGCCUGCUGUACUGAAGACAGUGAGGCAUUCUUAUUUUCCAUUAAACCUAUGGCUUGAAGUGGGCAGUGACAUUAGAUCAUAAGAAAGGGCAAUUACAAAGAAACCAUAAUACCAAAGGCAAGAGUUCUGCUCAGACCCUUCUCACCUCCCUCUGAAAACAUCAGUGAUGCCCAGAGCCCACUCCUGUUGUCUCUUUGCAAGUUCAUCUGGCUAGUUAAUGGUUUUAGUCAUCAAGGUAAAACCAGCAAUACUCAUCAACAUACGUCUAGAGAUUAACAUCAUGGGACCAAUGCAUCUGCUUUCAGAGAUGUUCUUCAGAAAUAAGGACUUAUGUUAAAGAAAGGUAUCACUGCCAUAAGAGACCAAGUGAUAAAAUCUUAAACUUGGAACACAAACUGGAUUUUCUUCACUCACCAAAAAUGCUAAUCUUUUAAUCCAAGUGGACGCUUUCAGAUUCCUUAAUUGUGAAAGUUCGAUAUCUUCUGCACUCAUCUAAACCUUACCUACCUGAUGUAAAGAAGUUUAGGAGUUGCAGAGACUGUUCAUUAUCUUUAUGAAGCACUUGCUGCAGAAAGAGAGGAACCACAUGGCAAAAUUGACAGUUCAGCACAAAUGCUUUCCACCUCAUUCUGCUAGAUAACAAAUUCAAAGUAUAAUCAAAAUGACACUUUGGGUUGGGAGGGGGUAUCAAGCUAACCACUAAUAUUUGUUCCAGUCAGUUCCAAAUAGCAGAAAGUUUUGGGUUGGUUUUUUUUCUCCUCUAACACUUU